AUGGACUCUGAAGACGGUGAAUUCUUCAUCAAACAACUCGCCACGUUUGUGCGCACCCAUGAAAAGGCUCUCGCCAAUGCUCUGCAAUUCCAACGCCAGAGCCGCCACAGACCUUCACAGAGCACCAGCGCCGCGACGCUUCCGCCGCCACCAACGGUUUCGGACCGCCCGUCAACGGCCUCUACCUCUGGCUCCCUGGCUGCGGCACUCUCGCUUGGCAACCUUAGCUUCACCUCUCACAAUGUCAAGUCUGCCAAGUUGGCCUUGACCCCUCACCACCUUUUCUAUCUUCUCUCCCGUUUCGAGGACCUUGGAAUUUCCGUCGGACCCAUGAAGAUUCGCCUGGAGAAUCUGCACGACAGUGCCUCCUCCGCCAACUAUGUAUCCUUUCUCAGCGGCUCUAACCAGCGUUCCCGGACUCGUAGCACGGAUACCACCUCUAUUCAUUCCGUUUCUAGCGUCAGGAGCGUCAUGUCUGGCAUGUCUGCUCUCUGGUCAAGCCUCGGCAUCGGUUCCAGCAUUUCUGCUGCUCGAAGCGAGCGUCAAAAGGCCGCCCUCGAAGCUGAUAUGAAAUAUCUUUAUUCUGCCUUCACCAAAAUACCCUGCCUGAGACUGGCCCCCGACUGGCGAGCCCGAUUAAUCCGUGGAUACGAGGAGUUUCCCUUUGAUUCGGCUGUUCCACUCUACGCUUUCAAGAAUCUCCAGGCUUUGGAAGUCAACAGCAUCGAUUUUCGCCAGUUUUUUGGAUGGGACCGCAUGGCUGACCAGCUGCGAUCACUGACCUUGAGGCACGCCGGCAUUGAGGACCCUGCCGAUAUUCUCAUCGACAUUGUCCUGGACGACAUGGAUAAGCGCCGCCGUCGCACUUCCAAGGCACAAUCCUCACCUACCACUACCUGGGGGGCAAAUAGUCCCCGUCGCAGCCCGUCUCUGGCCCAUCCGGAACUCUCCCGUUCGGCUUCUCUUCCUUGCUCUCCGGAUCCCCGCGCCACUCUGAGCGACCUCCGAGUUGGCUCACUUACACCUCCCGACGUAUCUGAUGCUCCUGCGAGUCCCAAAAGCAGGCCCAUUUUCAACAGGAAGGAGAGCGAGGACUACUCCAAAUCUCCAGCCAAGUCUCCGGCCAAGUUUUCACGGCCUCGCAGUAUCUCACCUUCUCGGGCCACUACUUCCCGCACGCACACCCGCAAUUCUCAAAGAAUCACUCGCUCCGGCUCUGGCAGCUCCCACUCCAGCCUUUCGGAUUCUUGGCACCACCAUCACGCUCGUGCCAGCUCUGGCAACCUGCUCGCCAUGGGCAUUUUGCCUGCCUCCAAGUGGAGAUUUCUGCGCCAUCUCAGUUUGGCUGACAACGCCAUGACCUCUAUUCCUCCCACAAGUCUGGCUCCCCUUUCCAACACACUCUACUCGUUGGAUCUCUCUUCCAACCUCUUUAACCAGAUCCCGGAAAGUCUCGCCACCUUGACCGCUCUACGCGCCUUGAAUCUCUCUCACUGCAUGAUUGAUUCGCUCCACUCUCUUACUCGCAACCCCCUCCCUGCCAUUACGGCCCUCAACUUGCGAGCUAACCGUCUCCAGUCGCUGGCCGGCAUUGAACGGUUAUACCCACUAGAGCGUCUGGACUUGCGGGAUAACCGUCUUGGAGACCCCAAGGAGUUGGCAAGACUGACUGGCAUUCCCGACAUUCGUGAGAUCUGGGUGGAUGGAAACCCCUUCACUCGUGCCUACAAGGACUACCGCGUCACCAUCUUCAACUUGUUCCGGGCAACCCCCGGGUACACCGAAGAUGUUGUGAUUGAUGGCACCGGCCCAACCUAUGCCGAGAAGCGACUGCUUAUCGAUCGUGUUCCAAUACCCGACUCGGUUCCUGUUGUGAAGCCCGCUCCAGUGGUGGUACCUGCGGUAGAAAUUAGCAAGCCGGCCGUUAUACAGGCCCCGAGAGAGCCCGCGGUCCUCCGCAAAGAGCGCCCCAUUGCAAAGGCAGUGACGAGCGAGGCCAGCACCAGCUCCCGUCGUCGUCGAAAGACGCCCAAACGGAGAAUUGUUGAUCUCGCCACACGCGAUGGCUCGCCUCUGCCUACUACAUCGGAAACACCCAUCGACAAGUCGCUCGACGCAUCUGCGGCCACUGUCACAAAAGUAAACGAUAGUGAGGCCGAGGUGCCCCCCAAACAUCAUCUUCUGCCUCCGGUAGUCCUCUCACCUCGCCAAAGCGAGUUUGCACCCGUUCUCACUUCUUCGCCAGCCACGCUCAGGCCGGUGGAAGCACAGCAAGCCAGCAACGCAGACAGCGAAUGGACUGCGCCAAGCGACUGGGAUGCCAGCGGUGAUUAUUAUCGUCGCAAAAUUGAGGCCCUUCGACACACUGUUGGGGAUGGAUACCUCAGCGCACUCAGCGAGGAGAGCUGGGAGUCCACCCCCUCGUUUGACGUGACUGGCUUGUCGAAUGUUGCCUCGCUUCGUGCUGGUCACCUGCCCCAUCACGUACCUGCUGUCCAGGCCGUUCACAGUGGACGCACACUCGGCUAG